AUGUCGUCAGGUUCUAAUGGUGCAAGGCGCGUUGCCUCACUGCUGAGGCCAUCAAUAAUCGACUCCGGUGUAUGCAGAAGCUGUCAAGAAACCAUUGGCCGCCGCAGCUAUGCCUCAGCCGCUCCAGCAGCUACUGAGUCGACAACCACUCCUCCCGUCGUGAAGCCCGCGUAUACCAUCAACGCCGGAGUAGUCCUCUCCCGCCCUCCCCAGAUCACCCGUGACCUCGAGCCGUUCGAGAAAGCGUUCUACUUCUACCAGAAGCGUUUGAACGAGCGUCUGGCCCUCCCUUUCACAAAAUAUUUCUACUUCAAGCGCGGAACACCAGCCGACGAGGACUGGAAGAAGAAGAUCCAGGAGCGCCGGACUGCCGCUCGUGAUAUCGGAAAGUACAACGCGUACGAUAACGAUGCGUGGAACGAUGAGCUUCUGCUCGGUGCUCAGGAAUCUGAGCCCGCACACCAGGUUGAGGCGCUUGUGCAGGAUGCAGAGUCAACUGCCAAUGAGACUUCGCAAGAUACAAGCAAAAAGGAGGAAAUCCCCCGACCGUACCCUCGGAUUACCGAAGCAGACAAGAAGAACGACCAGAAGAGCCUGGAUCGUUUGCUUUCCCGCACUCUUUACCUCCUUGUUCAGUCUAAGGAGGGACACUGGAAGUUCCCCUCCUCCCCCGUGGAGACCGGAGAGACCCUUCGUCUGGCUGCUGAGCGCACCCUUUCCGAAUCCGCCGGUAUCAACAUGAACACCUGGAUGGUCGGCUACCACCCCGUCGGAUGGCACUCGUUCAACCCGCCCCGCGCGAAGAAGGGCGAAACAACUGCCGUCGAGGCUACCGGAAGCAAGAUCUUCUUCCUGAAGUCUCGCAUUAUGGCCGGCCAGGCCGAUCUGUCCGUCAACACCCAGAACCUGAAGGACUUCAAGUGGCUCUCCAAGGAAGAGCUCUCGCAGUACCUGAACACGCAAUACUACAGCAACAUCAAGAACAUGCUGGCCGACCGGUAA